AAUGGUUCAAUACAAAUUACAUUAUUUUGACUUAACAGCUAAAGGUGAACCAAUUCGUUUACUGUUUAAUUACAAGGGACAGCCUUUUGAAGAUUACCGAAUUAAAAAAGAGGAAUGGCCAACACUUAAAUCGAACUAUAUAUUUGGACAAGUUCCAGUGUUAGAAGUAGAUGGGAAACAAUUAGCACAAUUUGGAGCUAUUAUGCAAUUUUUGGGAAAAAGAUUUGAUUUGGCAGGCAAAAAUGAAUGGGAAGAGGCAAAAGCAAUGGAAAUAAGCUGUCUCUGUGAUGAGAUGGCAUAUUUGGUAGGCCCAUACGUUGCAGCAAAAUUUGGAUUUCGUCAAGGCGAUGUUGAACAACUUCGAAAGGAUGUUUUUCUGCCUGCUAUUGAAAAAUAUUUUCCUUUUUAUGAAAAACGUUUGGAAGAGUCCAAUUCUGGUUUUAUUUUGCCUUCUGGAUUAAGUUUUGUUGACUUUUCUGUUGCUCACUUUAUCGGAAUGAUGAUUGAAAUGGAAAAGGAUAUAAUGGCUAAAUAUCCAAAAUUAAAUGAUUUUUCAAAGCGCAUUUAUUCGCUUCCUCAAUUGAAGGAAUAUUUGAGCAAGAAAAAAUGUUAAAUAUGAAAAGAUUAUUUAAAUAUUAUGUAGUCUUUUUUUAAUUGUUUAAUAUUUUAAUACUCCGAAUUUUUUGACCAUAACUUUUAGUAUGCCCAUCCAAAAACUUUAAAAUCUUAAAGUCGUUUAGAGAACAUUUAUUAUAUGUAAAAAAAAUUUUAUGAUUCAUAAACUCCAAAUUUAUA